GCCCCCCGGGAUCUCACCCGUGCGGGCGCGGCCGGCGGCUGCCGGAGCCGGGAUGCGCUCCAAGAGGCUCACCACGGAACCUCCAUGUAUAACAGAAGAAAUGUUAGAAGAAUGCUUAGCCACAGAUGAUAUGCUUGUGGAUUACUUUAAUGAAUUUUUGAGUCUUCCGACUUUUUCCCAGCCAGUGAAGUUUAACUCUGAUGUUGGGGCUUUUGAAGUAGUUAAUUAUGCCCCACAAUGCCUGGAAAGCCAGCCGAAAAAAAAUCUACAUGAUCAGAAACCUCCAAGCCCCAUUUAUGAUGUUAUAAGCAAAGAAAAGAAUGAUGGGCAGCUCUCCAAAAGGCAUGGUGCUUCUUCAGCCUUCAGUAUUGAUCCAAAUUACAACACUAUGCAACUUGAUCAGGAGCAAGCGAUUGAGUGGAUUAAGAAAGAAAGGCUUCCAGCAUUUCUAGAAAGUGACUGUUAUUUUGAAUACAGACUAGCUAAAUUGAUAUCACAGGUAGAAUGGAGCAAGACUGGCAUUAAUUUCAUUAUAGAUAGUGACUACUCUCCCUGGAUAAGGAAGCAAAGCCCUAGUUCUCCCCCUUCUGAGGAGGAUGACUCUUCAUUGACUUCAUUGACGAUGAAGAAGUUCUAUGUAUCACUUGGCGAGGCUACAGUUUCUCAGGUAAAGGAUUGGUUUACAUUGGCAAAACAAGGUGAUUCUGUGAAAACUACAGAUUCAUCUACACAUGCAGUAGCUUCUAGUAAAAUUCAAGAUACUCAGCAUUUGUCUGGGCAGCAUAAAAGAGAUGAAUCAUUACCUGAAAAAGGUUCCCUUCUGGAAGCAGGUUAGCUGUCUAAGGAAUGCCACAAACAGAGUUUCCUUUCCCCUUCAGGGACAGCAUCUGCAAAAGCCUAUGUUACCAGUGAGAGAUCUGGAGAGGCUGAGGAGGGCUGUUCUGUGGCCAUUGUUGAAUCUUCUUCCCACACGCAGUCAAGAGUUUAUCUAAACCCAAAAUGGCACAGUGCAGCAAAAGAAGAAAACGAACAGGGAAGCACAACUUUUCAGACAGCAGAAGAAUUCAUACCAGCAUCCUCUCAAAUUGCAAUGAAUGAACCCACUUCAGAGCUGACCCAUCAGCGAGCUGCUGACACUGAAAGUAAUGUGAAGUUCCACAAACAGCCUGAAGUGUUUACACACAAGGUAGUGAAUAAUGAAUUUGCUCAUGGUACUGCAGAGUCACUCUUUAACCAAAGUUCUUCUCCACUUACAGCCUUGGACUGCACGGAAGACGUAGGGAAACAAGGUCCUGAACAAGUAAGCUUAAGUUCAAGUUCAGAAAGUGUUGGGCCAGACAGCAGGGCUGCCUGGUGUAUUAGUCACGGGACUUACGACACUGGCAACAGACAUGAGUUUGAAAGAUUUAAGAAGUUCAUUAAAGGAACACUUGGGGAGAGGUACUGGUGGCUCUGGAUGGAUAUUGAAAGACUAAAGGCUCUUAAGAACACUACAAGGCAACAAAGGCAACUCAAUAAGAUGAAAAAACUGUACCUGCUGAGCAGUGGAGACUAUUUCCUCAGUUCAGAAGUGUUGCUCAGACUUGAACUACUGCAUGGAGAUCAGUGGAAUAUAAUGCAUUUAAGACAGAUUCAGCCUGAAGUAGUGAAACCGCUACUUCUUUACUGGGGUCCCAGAUUUUGUGUCACUCAUUCAACAGCAAUAGAUGCUGCCAGUGCAAAACUGAAGUUCUGGCACACAUGCCAAGAGAGACCAAGAGUGGAUAUUGAUCCUUUCCCACAAAUAGUAUCAUUGUUACCAUUGACCCAAAAGUCUGACAUACCACCUUCCCUUCUUCAGAAAAGUAGAACAAACUCACCAAAAACUUUAUUAAAACUAGCUAAACCAAAUUUCUCUUUGAAGAGAUCAUCAGGAUUACCACCUACUCUCACAGGAAGUCAGUUUCUCCAAAGGAAUGACAUUUCUAGCAGUAGAAUGUGGCCAAUGUUUGUGAGCACAGACAUGUUUCAUAGCUUAGCUCUGGAUGGGACCAAAGACUCAAAAUACCACGGCCAUAGAAAGUACACCUAUGCUGAGCUGCUCCACGAGAAAAGUGCUGCUGGCAGUGUUGUCUUCAGGGGAUCAGGAAUUGAAAGCAUGCUGCAGUCUCUUUAUUUGGAGAACAGAGCAGGCUACUACUUCACACAAUUCUGUGAGAAGUCAGGGAAUAAGUUGUGGAAGAACUGCGUGUACUUUUGGUUCGACCUACAGGCUUAUAAUCAGCUUUUUUACCAAGAAACACUUCAACAUUUUCAAAUAUGCAAUCAAGCUCAAUUCCUUUAUGCAAAUUACAUUGCUCCAUCUGCCAGUAUGGACAUUGGACUUAAUCAGAAUAAGAAAAAUAUGAUUUAUCACAAAAUUCACCCAGCUUUUGAGGACCUUUUUGAUACAGCAGAAGAACAUAUCCUCGCUAUUCUGCUGGAACCAUGGAUGAAGAUGGUGGAAGCAGAUGAAUACACUUAUAGAAAGGUGGAGUUGGUGGAAGAAACUCAACAGCUGGACUCCGUGUACUUUAGAGAGCUCCAGGCUUUGCAUCAAGUGAGUAGUUCCAAGAAGGAUGAGGGUCCGGUUGCUGACACGGGGGCACUUGAAGAAGAUCAGAACUUCCAUCAAGCUCCCAAAGAAUUGGCAGGUCCUAAUCUAUCUGACCUGAUCCAUGACAAAAAGAAGUUAGAACAGUUCCGGGCUUUUCUUAAUAAGCAUUCUGCUAGCAUGGAUCUCAUGUGCUGGCUGGAUAUUGAAGAGUUCAGAAAGAUGCUCCACACAGAUAAAGAAAAAAGUGAUGAAAAAUCUAAAGACAUUAAAACCAAGUACUUAAACAACAAGUACUUCUUCGGACCCAACAGCCCAGCUACCAGAGAACAACAAGAAAAGCUAAUGCAUUCAGGUGGAGGAAGGAGACAAAGCCUUCGUGAUCAGCUUUCGGCAGCGGUUCUGCUAGAAGUUCAGCAAUGCACCCAGAAGAGAUUAGAAAAACAAUGGCUGCCAUUGUUCCUGGCAGAUGAACACCAUGGGGUGGAAGGACAAGCAGAGGUAAGGGACAUAGCUGAAGAUCUUUCACACGAAGACCAGCAAAAGAAAACCAUGAUGCGGAAGCAUGUGGACAAUAAGAGUCUUUCUUCAUCUAGUGAAAUAAUUGCUUUCCGCAAAGCGCUGUUGGAUCCAGUGACAGCAAAUCUGUUUCAACGAUUUGUGGCACUGAAGGGAGACCUACUGGGCAAUGGAGUGCUGUUUUGGCAAGAGGUGCAAAAGUAUAAGGACUUGUGCCAUUCGCAUUGUGCUGAUGCCAUAGUCCAGAAAAAGAUCACAGCUAUUAUUGACUGCUUUAUUAAUUCUGCCAUACCCCCAGCUUUGCAGAUUGACAUCCCACCUGAACAAGCAAAGAAGAUUGUGGAGCACAGGAAAGAACUUGGACCCUACAUUUUUAGAGAGGCACAGAUGAGUAUUUUUGCUCUUCUGUUUAAAUUUUGGCCAGAAUUUUGUAAGUUCCAAAGCAAUCUGGAUAGUGACAAAAUUCUAGUUGCCUUGGAGGAAAAAAAGGAAAAAGAGAUGCGAAAGAAGGAAGGGAUAACAGCAAAGAAUUUGCAGGGUAAAGAAACGGGGAGAAAACUCAUGAACUUGACUCAGCUUAAGUCCUUGGCUCAACCUAAGUCCUUGACUCAACCUAAGUCUUUGACUCAGCCUGACCCCUUGACUCAGCUCAAGCCCUUGACUCAAGUACCAAAGAGUGCUUUGCUAGAUGAGCUUAAUACAAAGAGAAGAUCAUCAACCUCUUUAGCACCUGUAGAUGGAUCUGAGAGGAAGGCUUCCUGGUCCUAUUCCAUGUACAUAGAAGCCUUGGAGCAAGAAAAAAUACUCAUUAAAAAGCAAGAAGAUCUGGAGAAAACCUCAUCAUUCCCUCCAGGUUCUUUGUCUAUGUCCACCCUGAAGCCUGAAAGUUCUGUGAAAGCCACUAUUCCUAUGAAGCAUAAACUCUGAAUCUUCACAAGAAGCAGGAAGCACAUUAAAAUCUCUCUGAGGAAGGGAAUGCAGAGACAUUCAAUGGAGGUGACCAGGAGACACAAAUGUAAUGUGCAUGCAAGGUUUGUUCUUACAAUUCUAAAGCAAAGAUGAUGACUUGGAAUAUUAGCAAGAACCAUGGGAUCAAGGGUAGAAAAUAAACAUGUUCCAAUGUGUUCCAUAUCAACCUGAUUGUGAUACUGGCUCUU